AUGUCUCUGUAUACUCAAAAAUCCAAUGAUAAGCGUUUAGAGACUAGUGAUACGUUCCUUCUGCGUGUUUUUGGCCUCCAUUCAAUCUAUAAUCAAACCCAACAGAAUUAUCAGUUUUACGACCCUGCAAAUGAUGUUGAAGAUACAAAUGGGGACCUGCCACUGCUAGAGCUGCUUCAGCGGAAUUUACAGUUUCGGCGGGACCUGGGUGACGUAGAAUUGGGGAUGUUGGCUUCUGACAGAAACUUACUAAAUCUGGACUCAGAACUGGGCCUCCUGUCUGCACUGGAGCCUCUGCUGCCACUUCUAGCACCUUAUAAACCUUCCAAGUUGGUACUGUCUGACUAUUCUGUCGUUCCAGGCGCUGGUGCUGGCACCAGAGGAGAUGGUAGGAUAGUUGGCGAUGAGAGUGAACUUGACCCAAUUUCCAUCAACGAGAACUAUACAAGUGGGAACAAGACCAAUAAAGCGUCUGUAGGUACGUCUUUGCGGUUCAAUUUACCUCAAAAAACAUCACAGCAGCCUGACAUUCAAACUGAGCAUAGGAAAAGCAGCCACGCCACAAUUCCACAACAUAGACUGCUGGUUGCUCGGAAUAGACGCCUUAUACCUCCGAAGGAAAAGGCACUAUACCUCUGGGCUAAUAUUGUCAAUAUGGACGAUUUCUUAGCCGACCUAUACUACUACUAUCGUGGAAAGGGCCUUGUAAGCAUUGUCAUGGGCCGAGCGGUCGAUAUUUUUAUUCUUGUAUUUAUUCUUGGCUUCACUUCUUUCCUCAAAUGGGGAAUAGACUACGAAAAAUACUUCAACCACUGGAAAUCGAAAUCCAUCGAGACAUUGACUCUCAGCGACCUAAUAAUACCUGGAUUUGUCAUUCACAAUAUUCCAUUUUCUUUCAAGAUCUUGUUGUUGGGAUUCAGUGCUUAUAUAGGGCUCCGCUUGCUCCAAUUGUACUUUGACUACAGAUACAAACUAGCAGAGCUCCAAAACUUCUACAGAAACCUUUUAGGAAUCCCCAAUGACCUCGAACUAAUGACUAUCCCUUGGUCAAUCAUCGUGGAGCGUCUUAUGUUGCUCAAGGACUACAAUUCACUCACUUCCACCAGCCCCAACGUCCCACCCCAUUAUGUCAAUGACUUGAACUCUAAAGUCAGAUUGAAUGCCCACGAUAUUGCCAACAGAAUCAUGCGAAAAGAGAAUUAUCUCAUUGCAUUGGUAAAUAAGGAUGUUUUGGAUCUUUCCAUUCCUGUCCCUUCUUUUCUUCUGUCAUUCUUCAACAAUAAGUCUGUUCUCACUCGCACCUUGGAAUGGAACAUCAAGUUGUGCAUCAACAACUUUAUAUUCAAUGAAAAUGGCCAAGUCAACGCAAAAAUUUUGAAAGAAGCCUCCCGCAAUCAAUUAUCUAAAGAAUUGAGCUCCAGAUUCAAGAAGGCUGCUAUCAUUAACCUUCUUCUUUGCCCUUUCAUUGUGAUUUAUUUUGUGUUAUUGUACUUCUUCCGCUACUUCAAUGAGUACAAAUCAAAUCCGUCAUCUAUUCUUGCUCUCAGACAAUACACUCCCUGGGCCGAGUGGAAACUUAGGGAGUUCAACGAGUUAUCACAUUUUUUCAUCAAGCGCUUGCACUUGUCUGUAGGCCCGGCAAACACAUACAUCAAUCAAUUUCCCGGAAGUGUGUUUGCAAUUAACAUUAUGGCCUUGUUGAACUUUGUGUCGGGUGCCGUAAUGGCAGUACUUGUUAUCAUGGGUUUAUUAUUCGAAGAUGAGGAACACAGUUUCUGGUCUUUCGAACUUAUUGAUGGCCGAAGCACUCUUUUCUUUAUUAGUUUAUUCGGUACGGUAUGGGCAGUGACGUCGAACUCCAAUACUUCCACUGUUACCAAAACCGCAGAAAAUUCCAAUACUCAGGGCAUUUCGUUCUUUUAUGACCCAGAGGCCAGUUUGAGAUAUGUGUCUCAAUUCACCCAUUACUUACCGAGCUCAUGGAAUGGUAGAUUGCAUACUGUGGGAGUGAAGAAUGAGUUUUGUGAGUUAUACAGCUUGAAAAUUGUGAUAAUCAUGAACGAAAUUUUGUCCUUAGUUCUCACGCCGUUUAUUCUAUGGUUCAAAAUUUCGAGCAGCUCAAGCAGAAUUAUUGACUUUUUCAGGGAGUACACCAUUCAUGUUGACGGACUUGGUCAUGUAUGCUACUUUGCGAUGUUCAAUUUCGAGCAAAAAGACAAGAAUAUGAUGUACAAGCUCAAUACAAAAAGCAAGGCAAAUCAGAAGACAGACAAACCGAAAGCGGCCAAAGCCAAACAAUCGGAUCUGGAAGAAUCCAGUGAAGAAGAAGAUCCGGAUUUGAACGACUACUAUCAGGAUGAUAAAAUGAUUAAAUCAUACAUGUACUUUUUGCAGAGUUAUGGAAAUGAGGACCAAAGGAAAGCUGACGGAAAGGCUUUGCCCAAAGCUCCAAUUGGGGUAGCACCUCCAAUUCAACCUACAGAAUCAAUGGUGAUAUCCCGUAGACCGGGAACAAACUCAAAAGAAAGAGGGACGCCCUAUGGCUAUGGUAGUGAGUUUCACGAACUGUCGUACAACUUUGCAGAGCGAUUGGAUGCAAGCGGUGAAACAGUAGAUAAGCGAAGAAAAGGCGUUUUGGGAAUGCUCAAUCAAUUCUCUCGCCCAGCAGAGAGACCUUAG